UUAAAGAAGGAAACUAGAAGAUUUUCUCAUCAGUGUGAUUUGAUUGUGAGGAUGGGACACACUCUGCUCUGUAAACUGGAGUUCAUCUUAGUGCUGUAUUCACUCCUCCACAGUGGACACACUGAAGAUGCUGUGUUGACCUUUGAACCCAAAUGGUCAACUUUUUUUCCUGGAGAAUCUUUAACCUUCAAAUGUGACAUGAAGGAAGGAAGAACAGAUGACUGGAAAUACACAUUAAAGAGAAAUGAUUGGACACUUUAUUCUGACGUCACACAACAAGAUUUCAAAAUAAAUCUGCUGUAUAAAAGUCACAGUGGUGUUUCUCAGUGCUGUGGUCUCAGGAAGGGUUCAGAUUAUAAAAAGUGCAGCAACAGAGUCUCUAUACGUGUAUCAGACAGAGCCAGAGCCACACUGACAGCAGCAACAACAACUGUGUCAGUAGGAGACAGAGUGACACUGAUCUGCUCUGUGGAGAAAUCUGCUGGUUGGAAAUAUGAGUGGUUCAGAAGAACCUCACACACCUCUGAAGACACAAUCAAUGAUGGACUAAAUGGAAACAUCAGAGUCUCACAAGGAGGAAUCUACAGAUGCAGAGGAUUUAGAGGAGAACCAGCCGUCUACUCUGAUACAAGUGAUGAAGUCACCAUUCAAAUAACCUUUUCCAACAAAGUCAGUGUAACCCAAAAACCCAGCUGGUCUCAGAUCUUCAGAGGAGAGAGGAUCACUCUGACAUGUGAGGUUCAGGGAGGUGAAGGAGUUCAGUGGGAGUAUGAAUGGAGAAGACCUCAGUCACAGACAUUCAGGACAAAGCAGAAAGACUGGACUAUCACAGCUUCCAUCAGUGGAGACUACAGCUGUAAGAGCAGACCCACAGAGGAUUCAUAUUCUGCUACAAACUGGAGUAAACCUGUCAGAGUGUCUGUUUUAGCACACAAACCAAAGGCUGAACUGAAGAUCACAAAGUCUCCAGUAGGGGGCAGAGUGACCCUGAGCUGUUCAGUGAAGCCUUCAUCUUCUGGUUGGAGUUUCUUCUGGUUCAGAGGAGAGAAACCCUCCAAACUGCUGAGAACACAAGAUGCUGAUUUCCUCUCAAAUGGACAAAUCAGAGUCUUACAGGGAGGAGUCUACAGAUGCAGAGGAGGAAGAGGAGAACCAGUUUAUCACACAGAGUUCAGUGAUCCAGUCACCAUUCAUGAACCUGUCCUGAGAGUGUCUCCAUGGUGGUUGAGUCCUGGAGCCUCAGUGACUCUGAGCUGUGAGGUUGAACAUGUGUCUGCAGGAUGGAGCUUCUACUGGUAUAAAGCUGUUCCUGAUCUAUCACACAAGUCUGGCUCUUACAGCUAUGAGCUGCUGCCUGCUAGCUCCAAUGGGACUGCAGACAACUCCUACAUCAUUCAUGGACAGACACACACAGCAGGAUAUGUGUGCAGAGCUGGAAGAGGAGAGCCACACUUCUACACUCUUUACAGUCAACCUCACUUUGUCUGGUCUGGAGAUCUUCAUCCAUCAGCGUCUCUCUCAGUGAGUCCUGACAGAGUCCAACACUUCACCUCUGACUCUGUCUCACUGAGCUGUGAGGGAAACUCUGCUGAGUGGAGAGUCAGCAGGUUUCUGCUUCCUGACUUCCUGUCAUUCUGUUCUGACUGGGGAACAAUGAAUGGAUCAACAUGUCAUGUUCAGAAGAUCCAGUCCAGUAAUGCAGUGUACUGGUGUGAGUCUGGAUCAGCAUUCAGCAACGCAGUCAACAUCACUGGACACUAUGAUGAUGAGCUUCUCCUGCUGAGUCCUGUCCAUCCUGUGACUGAGGGACAUUCUGUUACUCUUGGCUGCAAGUUGAGGACAGAAAAUCUUCUUUCUAAAGUGUUUUUCUAUCAAAAUGACACAAUCAUCCAAAGUGAGAGCAGAGUGGAGAUGAUCAUCCCUGCAGUGUCAAAGUCUCAUGAAGGCUUCUACAAGUGUCAAUCCUCAGGAAAAGAAUCACCACAGAGCUGGUUGGCAGUAACAUCUACAUCCAGACCUGACAGCUCAUCAUUUCCUGUCUUGGUUGUUGCUCUAACUUCUGUAGUUUUGGUCAUUUUUCUAUUCAUGAUGUGGUUUCUCUACAAAAGAUCAAGAGAUUCAGACAUCAUCAGCAGCUCUCAGGACAACAACCAGAGCUCUGCUGCAGACCACAGAGAAGCUCAGCACAGAAAUGACUCCAUGUUCCUCCAUGGUCCUGAGGAGAUUCAAACGGAUCCAGAAGAUGAAAACAAAGGUGAAUCCAGGAAGGUUACAUAUUCUUCAAUCAAGCUUAAAACCGUCACUAAGAAAAAAAAGAGACAGAAAGCAGCAGAGGAGACAGUUUACUCUGAUGUGAAGACAGGAGCGUCUGCAGAUGGCAGUCAGCUGUAUGCACAGAUCAUGAAGAAAAACAAAGGAAAAUGGUCUCAUUCAGCUGAUGAGAUGCUUUACUCUGAAGUUCAAUGAGGACAAACACUUGAUCCACAGAGCCAGCAGCAUCCAUCAAUGUGAUGAACAAACGUCUCACCUGUAGGUGGCGCUGCUAGGACAGCUGCACGUUUGCUGGGCUCCAAAUGUUUGCCUCUCUUUUGCUCUCAUUUUAGUAUUUUUGUUCAGUUUUUUUAUUUCAUAUGCGAUCUUAACAACUUUCCUGCAGCUGCCUAACAUAUAAUCCUAAAGGAACUCAGGGAUGAAUUGAAUCUGCUGAGAUUUUCUCUGGAUUGUUAGUUUUUCCAACAUCAACCAAGUCUGCAGCUGCAGUCCAGGAUCAGCUGAUGUCUCUGGUUCACACAGUCUGCUCUAUCAAGGCUGAUCAUGAACAACAUGGAGCUUCAGACUUUUCUGUCCUUUAAGAUCCUGGACGUCCAGAUCCAGGUCAGUCUGGACUUUCAGACAGAGUCUUACUUCCACCAGAACCAUCAGGAAACAACUGGACUUGUUCUGUUGUUGAACUGAACGCUGCAGAAGGAGUCUGAGUCCUUAUAUGGUCAGACUUUGAGACUAUUCUUCUCCAUAAUUACUUUUUUUAAACUUCUGAAGUAUUUUUCUAACUUUCUUUAAGUUCUUAUGAUGUAAAAUGUGUUUAACUUUACUAACCAAACAGAUUCAGCUUAAAGUCCCACUCUGAUCAUCUUUUGAUCUAUUCUAAAAGCGUUCCCAGUGGUCUUUAAAUCAUGAUAAUGCCAUUUUUUUACCAAAAUCAAUAAACUUAUGUGGUUUUCUGAAUUUUGGGCAGGACUUUUGACGUUGAGUAAGCCUCCCCUUUUCCCAUCAUUCUCUGUUUACACUCUCUCCAGCUAGCUUAAAGCCUCAAACUAACUUUAGCGCUGCAACAACAAUGGUGAGCAAUACUGGAAUUUUCCAGUCGUAAAGUUUUGAUCCAGAUUCCAGCUCAGACGAGGAAAACAAAGACGUUCAUGGAUCUAGUCGUCUACACGUGAUGCAUCAGAAUGGAGCAGAGCAGGGAGCUAGUGGCCCACAGAUUGUAGCACCUAUGUCACACCUACAAGGUUCUUCUAGGGGCAUUUUUUCAUCUGCUCCUCAUUCACAAUGAUUUCAAUAAGAAAUGCAAUUUUAAACUUAAUCUACUCCAUAAAUAUCCUCCAUCGUGAGAGAAAUGCUGUAAAAACAUGUUUAAAACACCAAAAACAGUUUUCAUCAGAGUGGGUCUUUAAAAUGCUAACAGAUGAUAAAAAAGGAACAUUAAUAACAGACUACUUCAAAGAAAAUCCAAGUUUUUGAGCUUUAG